CCUGCGCAGUGCCUCCCUCGGUUUCUUGGAGAGGAAGCGGCUAGCAAUGGACGACGGGUCUCAGAGAAGGAGCCAGGUGGGGUCCUCGACCCCGGGGAGCGGAGACGACAAGGCGUCGGCGCCCUGGACCAAGGACAAGAAGGACCCCAACGCCACCACGGCAGACAAGGAGCAGGAGCUGUCUGAGGAAGACAAACAGCUACAGGAUGAGCUGGAGAUGCUUGUGGAGCGCCUGGGGGAGCAGGACACCGCCCUCUAUCGGCCUGCCCUGGAGGAGCUGCGCAGGCAGAUCCGCUCUUCCACAACUUCCAUGACUUCUGUGCCCAAACCCUUGAAGUUCCUGAGGCCGCACUAUGGCAAGCUGAAGGGAAUCUAUGAGAGCAUGGCUGCAGGGGAGAAUAAGCGUUUUGCAGCUGACAUCAUAUCUGUUCUGGCCAUGACAAUGAGUAGUGAGCGAGAGUGUCUGAAAUACCGACUGGUGGGAUCCCAGGAGCCUUUGGCCUCUUGGGGGCAUGAAUAUGUCAGACACCUGGCUGGUGAGGUGGCCAAGGAAUGGCAGGAGAUAGAUGAGGCAGACAAGAGCCAGAGAGACACCCUUUUAACCCUGGUGAAGGAAAUUGUGCCCUACAACAUGGCACACAAUGCGGAGCAUGAGGCCUGUGACCUGCUCAUGGAGAUUGAGCAGAUGGACAUGCUGGAGGAAUACAUUGAUGACAACGCCUAUGCAAAAGUCUGCCUCUACCUGACCAGCUGUGUUAGCUAUGUCCCUGAGCCCGAGAACUCUGCCCUUCUCCGCUGCGCCCUCAGCAUCUUCCGCAAGUUCAACCGUUACCCAGAAGCCCUGCGCCUGGCCCUCAUGCUGAAUGACAUGGAACUGGCAGAGAACAUCUUCAUCUCCUGCAAAGAUGUAGUUGUCCAGAAGCAAAUGGCCUUCAUGCUGGGUCGCCACGGUGUCUUCUUGGAGCUAAGUGAGGAUGUGGAAGAGUAUGAGGAUCUCACAGAAAUCAUGUCCAAUGUCCAGCUCAACAGCAAUUUUCUAGCCCUGGCCAGGGAGCUGGACAUCAUGGAGCCCAAAGUGCCAGAUGAUAUUUACAAAACACAUCUAGAAAACAACAGAUUUGGCGGCAGUGGCUCCCAAGUGGACUCGGCUCGCAUGAACUUGGCCUCGUCCUUUGUGAACGGUUUCGUCAACGCUGCUUUUGGGCAAGACAAGCUGCUGACAGAUGAUGGCAAUAAGUGGCUGUAUAAGAACAAGGACCAUGGGAUGCUGAGUGCCGCAGCCUCUCUGGGGAUGAUCCUGUUGUGGGACGUGGACGGGGGGCUCACGCAGAUUGACAAGUACCUGUAUUCCUCGGAAGACUACAUCAAGUCAGGGGCCCUCCUGGCUUGCGGGAUUGUGAACUCUGGGGUGAGGAACGAGUGUGACCCUGCCCUCGCACUGCUCUCCGACUACGUUCUCCACAACAGCAACACCAUGAGGAUUGGUGCCAUCUUUGGGCUGGGGCUGGCCUAUGCUGGGUCCAACCGAGAAGAUGUCCUGACCCUGCUGCUUCCUGUAAUGGGCGAUUCUAAGUCCAGCAUGGAGGUGGCUGGUGUGACGGCCCUGGCGUGUGGAAUGAUUGCUGUGGGCUCCUGCAAUGGAGACGUCACUUCCACCAUCCUCCAAACCAUCAUGGAGAAGUCGGAGACGGAGCUGAAGGACACGUAUGCCAGGUGGCUGCCUCUUGGCCUGGGGCUGAACCAUCUGGGGAAAGGCGAGGCCAUUGAGGCGAUCCUGGCAGCACUGCAAGUUGUGUCGGAGCCCUUCCGUAGCUUUGCCAACACCCUGGUGGACAUCUGUGCCUAUGCUGGAUCAGGCAAUGUGCUGAAGGUGCAGCAGCUUCUCCAUAUCUGCAGUGAGCACUUUGAUUCCAAGAAGGAGGAGGAGGAGAAAGAGAAGAAGGAGAAGAAGGACAAGGAAAAGAAGGAAAACUCUGCUGACAUGGGGGCCCACCAGGGUGUAGCAGUGCUGGGGAUUGCGCUCAUUGCCAUGGGGGAGGAGAUCGGGGCUGAGAUGGCUCUGCGCACCUUUGGUCACCUGCUACGAUACGGGGAGCCCACCCUACGCCGCGCCGUGCCCCUGGCCCUGGCCCUCAUUUCAGUCUCCAACCCCCGCCUCAACAUCCUUGACACCCUCAGCAAAUUUUCCCACGAUGCUGACCCGGAGGUGUCCUAUAACUCUAUCUUUGCCAUGGGCAUGGUGGGCAGUGGCACCAAUAAUGCCCGUCUAGCCGCGAUGCUGAGGCAGCUGGCACAGUAUCACGCCAAGGAUCCCAAUAACCUCUUCAUGGUGCGGUUGGCCCAGGGCCUGACGCAUCUUGGGAAAGGGACCCUCACCCUCUGUCCCUACCAUAGUGACCGGCAACUCAUGAGCCAGGUGGCCGUGGCUGGCCUCUUGACCGUGCUAGUGUCCUUCCUGGAUGUGCGGAAUAUAAUCCUGGGGAAGUCCCACUACGUGCUGUACGGCCUGGUGGCUGCCAUGCAGCCACGCAUGCUGGUCACUUUUGAUGAGGAGCUGCGGCCCCUGCCGGUGUCGGUCAGAGUGGGGCAGGCAGUGGAUGUGGUGGGCCAGGCAGGCAAACCGAAGACCAUCACAGGCUUCCAGACCCACACAACACCAGUGCUGCUGGCUCACGGUGAGCGGGCAGAGCUGGCUACAGAGGAGCAUUUGCCGGUCACGCCUAUCCUGGAGGGCUUCGUGAUCUUGCGCAAGAACCCCAACUAUGAUGUCUGAAUUGCCGGAGGUGUUUGGGGGGAGGGAGAGCAAGGGAGUGGGGUGUGGCACUGUGGGGGAGGGGCUAGCCUCCUCCAUCCCUUUUUGUUUUGUUUUGUUACAGAAAAGAGUUCCUCUUAGGAAAAUAAACUUACUUCCGAAUGAA